AUGUUUUUCUUCGAUUGGUUCUACGGGAUUCUCGCAUCGCUUGGUCUAUGGCAGAAGGAAGCUAAGAUUCUCUUUCUCGGUCUCGAUAAUGCCGGAAAGACCACUCUCCUUCACAUGCUCAAAGACGAGAGGUUGGUGCAGCACCAGCCUACGCAGCAUCCGACGUCUGAGGAAUUGAGCAUUGGGAAAAUCAAAUUCAAGGCCUUUGAUUUGGGCGGUCACCAGAUCGCUCGACGUGUGUGGAAGGAUUAUUAUGCUAAGGUUGAUGCAGUGGUUUACUUGGUGGAUGCCUAUGACAAAGAACGGUUUGCUGAAUCGAAGAGGGAGCUUGAUGCUCUUCUCUCGGACGAAGCACUAGGGACUGUACCAUUCCUCAUACUGGGGAACAAGAUCGAUAUCCCAUAUGCAGCAUCAGAAGACGAGCUGAGGUUUCACUUAGGGCUGAGCAACUUCACGACAGGGAAGGGUAAAGUUGUGCUGACGGACUCUGGUGUGCGUCCUCUAGAAGUUUUCAUGUGUAGCAUUGUGAGAAAGAUGGGUUAUGGUGAAGGUUUCAAGUGGCUCUCUCAGUACAUCAAAUAA